UUUCCGGCUUUGCGACUGAGCCCAAGGCACUUCUAGAGGAUGACCAGAGUUACGCUUGUUGUCCUAGUGUAAUUAUUAAAAGAUAAUUUUGACCCUUUCAUAGUCAAAAGUGUACCUGGUGGGGAGAAAUUAGUGUCUCCCUAGUUCUAGUCGUUUGGUUUGAGACAGGGAGGAGGGGGCGGAGGGAGGAGGCGAGCAGGUGAGGGGCGUUCUCUCUAAUCGGUCCCUUGCUCGACCUCCGGUGGCCUGAAGAAACUUAAUUUCGAAUCUGCAGACCCGUGGGGGCAACUGCGAUUGCACCUUUGCUCUUUUAACAACCGCUGUGCUAAUCGAAGUGGUUCAAGGCUCGUUUUUGAACUUCUCUCAGUAAACUGAGAAAGUAACAGUACUUCCUGAAAGCAUCAAGAAGAAAAAUGUCGGUGACACUGCAUACAGAUGUAGGUGAUAUUAAAAUCGAAGUCUUCUGUGAGAGGACACCCAAAACAUGUGAAAAUUUCUUGGCUCUUUGUGCCAGUAAUUACUACAAUGGCUGUAUAUUUCAUAGAAAUAUCAAGGGUUUCAUGGUUCAAACAGGAGAUCCAACAGGUACUGGAAGAGGAGGUAGCAGUAUCUGGGGCAAGAAAUUUGAAGAUGAAUACAGUGAAUAUCUUAAGCACAACGUUAGAGGUGUUGUAUCUAUGGCUAAUAAUGGCCCAAACACCAAUGGAUCUCAGUUCUUCAUCACCUAUGGGAAGCAGCCACAUCUGGACAUGAAAUACACAGUAUUUGGAAAGGUAAUAGAUGGUCUGGAGACUCUAGAUGAAUUGGAGAAGUUACCAGUAAAUGAGAAGACAUAUCGGCCUCUUAAUGAUGUACACAUUAAGGACAUAACUAUUCAUGCCAACCCAUUUGCUCAGUAGCUAUAAUAGACCUGGACAAAUACUUGGCAAACUAUUCAAGGAACACACCUAUUAUGGUUUACCCAGUUUUAAUUAUGUCAGAGAUUGCAUCAUUAUACAACUUGUUUACAACUAAGAUCUACUUGUUUACAGCUAAGAUCUUCUAUGAGUUGGUGGUACCAAGGGAAGCCAAACAGCUUUUACUCCUAUUCUUAGAGGGUAUUCUUUACUGUAACUAUUACCUAAUGCAUUUCUUUAAUUUUUUUUAAAAAACCCUAUGUUUAAUUUUGUUUUUCCAUAUAAAUAUUCAUUUUAAAAUGCUGAGUCUCAAAUCCAGGCAUUGUUGAGCACCCUAAUUACAUGCUCCUACCAUAUGUAGUCACAUCCUGGAAAUAUUAUUUUCUAUUAAUUAUUUACUUUAUACAGUUAGAAAGAGGAAGGACAAAUAAAGAGAUGGCCUAGCAAGGCCGGUCAAUCCAGUUGUUAUUUUCCCUGGUCUUUACAGUAAAGGCUCAGAGAAGUCUCGAAGUACAGUAAACACUCAGAAUUUCCCAACUCAUGUGCCCAUGGAACAUUUUUAAAAAAUAUAUCUUUUCUUGUAAAGCAAUUAUACCCCAAUAAAGAUGUUAAAAAUAAAUA